AUGCCCUCAGGCUCGGCUGCACAGGCGCCAGAGAUGUCAGCAGCCACGAAAGAGAUGCUCGUCCGCGUGCGGCAGCUGGUGCCGCCGAUGCUAGAAAAGUUUCACAAGGGGCAAUUGGGUCGAGUCGGCGUCAUAGGCGGCAGCGAGGACUACACAGGCGCGCCGUACUUCUCGGCGAUGGCGAGCGCGAGGCUCGGUUGUGACAUGUCCCACGUCAUCUGCACGCCCGCCGCCGCGAGCGUCAUCAAGACCUACUCCCCGAACCUGAUGGUGCACCCUCUGAUGCGCCAGUCUCCGCCCUCGUCCGCGCACGACCUGCCCGCCGCCGACACGGACCCGGACCAGAUCGCCCAGCGCAUCAUCGACAUGCUCUCGCGGCUGCACGUCGUCGUCAUCGGGCCCGGGCUGGGCCGCGACCCGCUGAUGCAGGAGACGGUCGCGCGGGUGAUCACGGCGGCGCGCAAGCGCGGGACGCCCGUCGUGCUGGACGCGGACGCGCUGGCGCUGGUGCAGAAGGACCCGGAUCUGGUGAGGGGGUACGAGCUCGCGGUGCUGACGCCCAACGUCGUCGAGUUCGGGCGGCUGUGCUCGUCGCUCGGCAUCGAGGAGGAGGUCAAGAAGGCGGCCGAGCAGGCGGGCGACGUGAGCGGGGAGGGCCGGGAGACGGCCAAGGUCGAGGCGCUGGCCAGGAAGCUGGACGGCGUGACGAUCGUGCAGAAGGGAGGUAAAGACUACAUAUCGAAUGGAAAGACGACGCUCAAGGUGGACAUUGAGGGCGGGCUCAAGCGAAGCGGCGGCCAGGGUGAUACCCUGACGGGCUCUAUCGCGACGUUCCUCGGCUGGCGCAAGGCUUACCUGGACGGCCUCUGGGAUACCAAGGGGAACCUCGACGAGAACGAGACUGUGGGCCUUGCGGCGUUUGGAGGCAGUGCGGUAACGAGGGAGUGUUCACGACUAGCCUUCUACAAAAAAGGCCGCAGUCUACAGGCUAGCGAUCUAACGGACGAGGUGCAUACGGCGUUCCUCAACCUGUUUGGGGAGGAGGACCCAGAUGCUAGCGGGAGCAAGCUAUGA